CUCUCCAUCUCUCAUAUCAAUGCUCUUUAAACAUGGCUGCUGUGUGUAUGCGGAGAACGUGAUAUCGUCUGAAAUUAAUAAAGUCAGAGACUUCGUAUCCCAUAUCGACAUUCUCAGUAUUCUGACGGCAGUAUAGCUGACUUACAUAUUCCUGUGGAUUUAUUGGAAAUAUGAACUAUUAUGGACCUACUCCAGAUGAUGGUGGAUUUGGGCACCCGAUCAUCAAAUCUGAACCUCAGGAUUAUCCUGUGAUUAAACCAGAGCCCCAACAGGCCUACCCAACCAUCAAGGCUGAACCACAAGAUACAUACCAUCAAUACAACCAUCCUCAUCAUCAACAUCAUCAUCCUGGUGGUGGAGGGGGUGGUGGAGGAGGAGGAGGGGGAAUACCACCGUACAAUGGUGGUCAUUACAUCCCUCCUCCACCGGUCAUCCAAACACCAUCACCUGACCCACAGCAACAACAGAAACCAGGCAAGAAGGCCAAGCAGGAGAAGCUUACUGAUAAGUUGAAGGAGAAGAAACCAAGAAGGAAAGUUGAUCGUUUCAAUGGGAUGCCUGAGGAGGAGGUUGUGAAGAGGACAUUACCAGACAUAUUGGUGCACAAUCUCGACAUUGUUAUAAUUGGCAUCAACCCAGGUUUAAUGGCUGCAUACAAAGGUCACCAUUAUGCUGGACCAGGAAAUCAUUUUUGGAAGUGCCUGUAUCUUUCUGGUCUUGUACCUGAACCAAUGACCUGUAUGGAUGAUGUCAAGUUACCUGACUUUGGAGUAGGUUUCACAAAUAUAGUCGGCAGGACGACGAGAGGAAGUGCAGAUCUUAAGAGGAAAGAAAUUAAAGAUGGAGCAAAGAUAGUGGUUGAAAAGAUUCAGAAGUAUCGUCCAUUAAUAGCCUGCUUUAAUGGCAAGGGAAUAUAUGAGAUCUACAGUGGAAAGAAAGACUUUGAGGUUGGCAGACAGCCUGAAACCAUUCCAGGAACUGAAACAGUUAUAUAUGUUAUGCCUUCUUCGAGUGCGAGGUGCUCACAGUUUCCGAGAGCACAGGACAAAGUUCCGUUCUACAUAACACUCAAAGAGCUGAGAGAUAAAAUGAAAGGAACUCCUCUGUCAGAGAUAAGAAGACCACCAAUAGAGACCAUGCCACCAACCCCUGUCAAAACAAAAAGCAAGAAGAAACAACAACAGCAGCAGCAACAGCAACAACAGAUUCAACAACAACAACAGAUGCAGCAGCAGCAGCCACCUCCACAUCCGGCAUUACCACCACCACCGCCACAGGUAUCACAUCAUCCUGGCGUGAAAUCAGAGCCAGUUGAUGGGUCAUAUCAUGGAGGAAUGGGGGGCUGUGGGUUCCCUGGUCAACCACCUGUUCAUGGUGGAGUGGAGAUUAAGAGAGAGCCUGGCCUUGAUGGGCCUUGUAUGCCAUCAAAUCCACCGCCUUACUAUCAUCAUGUAUCCCAGCCUCAACCACAACUUCUGCCCCCACCACCUCCCCAACAAAUGAGUGGAAGUGGUGGUACAGGGUUUACCCCUUUGCAGAGGUCUGAGAACUCCUUUGGUGUGAAGCAAGAGGCUGGAGAUUACACGUUAUGUUCGUCUGGUUGGAAUUCAGGCCAAAGUAUGUCUGUCAUCAAGCAAGAGCCCAUGUCACAUAACUAUGGACAAUAUGAUGUUCAGCAUGUACACAAUCCAAGCAUGCUGGAUCUAAUGGACGAUUUCUUGGAUCAAAUACCUUGCAUCAAUAACCAGGGAAUACCAAUAGGUCAUCGGCAAUUAAUAGGUCAGGGACCUGCUGGACCUAGAGGGGCAACUCCCCAACAAAACCAGCCAUACAGCAACAACAUGUGCCGUCCACCUGCACCUCAGCAGCAGCAGCAGCAACGCCAGCCACAGCAGUCACCUCCCAUUCCACCAUCACAGCCUCCACAACCACCAGCAUCAACAGCAUCCCGGUCACCACAACAGAAACAACAAUCUCAACAACCAUCAAUACCACAACCUGCACAACAUGCCAACAUCCAACUGAGCUCUAUGCAGGAGAGAUCAAGUCCCAGUAACCCUAUGAUGCCAGGGUAUAAUCAGUCAUCAUACCAGAAUAUGCCUGCUGCUGGCCAUCAAGGCUAUCUUCAACAGGAACCUAACCCUGGUGGUGGAGGUACAAGUAAUGUCUAAAAAUUCAUCAUCUCUCCAUCCAGUAUGAUCACCAUCAGGUGAGAUUGUUUUUUAUGUCAAAUCAUGUCAUAACCUAAAACAGUUGGUACUUAAAAUGGUCUGUAUCCCAUUAGAUGAAAUUGGUCACCUUGCAUUCUGAUUUUCUUCUGCCAAUUCUAAUUGUGUCGUUAUUGUCAUGCCUUUAUUUUUUUCUUUAAAACGAUCCAAGUUAUGAGACCUAAGGAAUUAGUUGAGAACAUUUUGAUAAACAUAUGUUGCUCAGUAUGUUGAGAGUCGUAUAUGCGUAUUAUAUGUACUAAUUUGCAGCUUCACUAUUUUGAUUUGAUGUUAAUGUUAAAUUGCAGAAAUAGGAUGUAUAGUUUGUAUAUUUGUUGUUUGCUGCUUAUUUGUGUCAUUUACAUGUUAUAUGCAAAGCAGUAUCAUAAUCAUGCUUUCAAAUACGCAUUGCUAAAUUGAAGAAAAACAAUCUUGAGGAUGAUAUUUUGAGCAUUCCUCAUACAAAAUCUUUGCUAUACCAAAUCAUUUAAAGAAAACGAUGUAUCUUUAUUAUUUCUUUUUCAUUUAUUAAUUUUAAAGUCCAAAUCAAGAUUGUUUUUUUUUUAGAGGAUAAAGAUACUAUGCAAAGAAGAAAAGACUUUUUUUAUAGAGUGGGGGAAUGAAUUAGCUUGCUUUUGUUUUGAUCAGAUUUUGGCCCAUUUAGAGGUUUACAUGCCCUUAUGAAAUACUUGCCCUGUAAUGAUUUCACCUCCAUGAGUCAAUGCAAGUAGUAUGAUGAAAUAUAAGACUGAAAAAUCUAUGAGUAACACUUAGCACUUUGUGCUGGGAUGGAAAAAUGACUCCGUACUAGUGGAUGAUGGAGUGAAUAAAGAUUGACUUGGGUCGAUUUUUAUUGACAAAGUAACAACCAUAGCUCUUAAAUGGGGCCUGAUGCUUAGAAUUUGAAAGGAAAAGAAAAGACUUUGAAUUCCAUAUAGAUACUUGGCAGAGUGACAAGACAUAUUUGAAUUUUGUGCUAUAGAAUUUCCACGAAAUGUUUGAAGUUGAAUGUUGCCUAUAGAUUGGACCAAUUUGCUACAUCAUGUUGCUUGUUACAUUCAACAUUAAUUAGUCUGAUUUAUGCAAGGGCAUAAUUGUCUGUUUUGUGCUAUUUUGUUAAGUGAUAUUAACUGUUAAAUGUUAAUGACAACAUGGAAUAUUUUUACUCUUCAUUCACUUUGGAUUAGCAGUUUUUUUUGUGAGAAAUACUUAUAACAAAGCUCUGUGUAAAAUCACAUUAUCAAAAGAAAGUGUAUAGUAAUUACAUUACAGUCCAACAUCACAAAAAAGGAAAAAUUACUUUGAGUAAACAUAUUGACUUGUUGACAUGUAGAUUUGAAGAUAAAGAGGUUUUCAUUUAGUCUAUAUUAUUUUAGAGUUCAUUUACACUUGUACAUGUAAAUAUUGACAUGCUGUCAUUCAAUAAGGCUUGAUUUAGUCAUACAAGGAUGAAUUCAUUAAUUGCAUAAUAUAAUCAUGUUUAAAUGUACAUUUUAACUGCUCAAUACAUGUAGCCCCAUUGUACAUGUUUAUUUCAAUGGGAAGAUGAAAUUCUAUAUGCUGCUAUAAUUAGACUGCUGUAAUAAGCUACCUCAUUAAAUUUUUGAAUGGGUAAUGUAUUUUAACAAUGGGAUGACAUCCUUAACUUAAGGGAAGAGGGAAACUCAUUGUAGAAAUGCAAUGAGACAUCUAGCCCUGAUAUGUUUUAUUAUUCAUUCUUUUCCCUUUCCCUCUUAUAUUAUUUUCAUGCCGUCUUGCUAUGCUGAGGGCAUCUAUUCAUUUCUCCAGUUACCUCAAAUGUCAGAGAUAUGUAUGUUUUCAGAGUUCCUUUUUAAACAAGUAUUUAUUUAGCAUCAGAUGUUCUCUGCCAGUUUUUAAUUGUGUUUGCAUUUUCCUUCAUGCAAUGAGAGUGCAAUGUAUGCAUAGUACAGGGUAACAAAUGUGAGAGUUCAAGGGGAGAUGUAUUGCUCAAAGAAACAAAUGAAGAUGAUAGUGAAUGCAAUCUCAAGAAAGAAAUGAUAAGAGCCAAACAUGAAUACUUAAAACACUUUUACCAGGGCAUUGCACACAAUGUGGUUCUCCACUGUGAAGUAGGAGAAUGUAUGGAUUUCAGACAAAGUGAGAUAAGAUAAGGAUAUAUCUUCAUGAAUGUAUUGUGAUGUACCAAAUACAUGUAGUUCCAAGGAAACAAACUCUGAAUUCCAAGAAUGAUCUGCAAUAGAAGAUACUUUAUACUUCUUUUUUUUCCUGGAAGUUCAUUCUUAUUGAAAUGAUUUCAUGAUAUGUUUUGAGGCAUGUAGUAUAAAGUUUAGGAAUAAUUUUUUUUUUCAAAUUUCAUUCACCCUCUUUUAAAGUCGGAAGAGUGGACUCCUUUUAUUUUCACCCCCCCCCAAAAUGCUCAUUAAAUUUUGUUUUAUAAGUGUUAUUAAAUGUUUAUAAUUAAAAUAAUUAUACCUGGAAUUAUGUCUUUUGAAGAAUUCAAGAAUUAUGAACCCUUGGAAAAAAUUCAAGACUUUUAACCAAGUAUUCUGUUAUGUUUAUUCAGAAAAGGAAGACACCUCCUCCCCCUUCCAUUUCAUUGUACUCAGAUAGGUUAAGUUUUGCCAUAUAAUGAUGAAAGAUAGUUUCAAACUUUUAUAUGAAGUAAGGUUUGUUAAUAUGAGAAAUAUGUUGGUAUAGAAGCGAGACAUUUGCACCAUUUUUGCAUAACAUAACCUAUUUUGGACUUAAUAUAAUCUUAUAUUUUACUUUGUAUGUAAAAUUUAGAUUGCAUAAUUGUUUUUAAUACCACAUUUGUAUCUGUAUGAAAUGAGUCAGGACCCUUCUGAAUAUGUGUAAGAUGAAUUGUGAUGCAACUAGAAAUUAGUGAACAGGAGUCGUUAGUCUUGAGGCCAUUUUGAAUGGGCAAUUGUUUAAUUCCUUGAUUUUCAAGAAUAGUAAUGAUUUGUUUUUUUAUUUUCAUUUUGUCCAAAUAUCAUGGCCAUCCUAUGAAUAUUUGAAAGGGAAAUUAUUUUUUUUUGUCAGCAUUCCUUGGUAGGACUACCCAUUAAAUAUGUGAAAUGGGACAAUGGAUCUUCCUCAAUAUAUGAAAUUAUAAUUCAUGAAAUUUGAAACAUCUCAAAGCUCUGUAAUUGUAAAGAAUGCAAAGAAUUAACAACCAAGAACCAUGCAAGACAUACUUUAGUUUUUGCUUACUUUCUUAUAUAUCAGGUUGAGUGGAAAAUGAAAAUGAAGUGCCAUAUUGAUCUAAGUUAGCUGCAGGUGAAUGAUAGGGUGCUAGUAUUUAGAAAAAAAAAUACAAGUAAAUUAGCCAUAUACUUAUUGCUAUUACCAUGAUAGAAAGUUGCAAACAUCCAAAUGACCCAUUGAGAAUUACACAAGACUAAUAUGAACUACUCUUGUGUACCCUUUGUGAUUGCACUUUCCAUUUCACUCAUUGUUUUUAAAAAUACACAACAAUGUUGUAUAUGUUAUUAUCAUUAUAUUUCAGUAUAUUUUGAAGCAUGAAAGAAUAUUCUGUCCAUACAAAAAAGCUUAAAUUUGAUUUAAUAUUGUUGUAUUUUGAAAAGGUUAGAGAGUGGAAGCAAAUUUUGAUAUGAUUCAUCAAUGAAAGAUUAUGUCAUGCUCAAAUCUGUGUGGGGAGCAUAUUAACUGCUCAAAUGCACUCUACCAAUAAAUAUAACCAUGACAGUGAUACAGAGAAAGCAAAGCAGUGGAGAGAGAGAGAAAAAAAAGAGCUAACCCCGUGCUCAGAACAUUAAAUGCUUGUACGUGCCAAUGGAUUUGCACAAUUAUGAUUUCAAUUUAGCCAACCAAACAUUCAUGGAUGUUGUCAUUGAAUUGGCAUAAUAGGCUCUAUGUAUGUGGAUGAAGUGAGUGAGCCCUUGUAUGAAUACAUAUCAUGAGAAUAACUACACGUUCACUGCCAGCCGCAUAUAUUCUCCAACGUGUAGGAACUGCCUGUGUAUGUUUGUGUGUGUCGCCCCUGGUAUUAAGCACUAGGUUAUUGCAUUUAGUCUUUGACUCAAUCUGGUCUUUUGUUCACCCAUAGGUUUGUAUGAUACAUUUAAGGGGUCAUUUAGAUGCCAGAGAAAAAUUUAUCUUUGCAAUUGGAAUUGUCAUUAUGGUAUAAAAGUACAUGUAACAGUGUCAAAUAGCUUGAAUGUAGGUUGCUAUAGAGGUGAUGUUAAGUAUCAUAUUUCCCUUUGGCUAGAUGUGAAUAAUUUAGGAAUAAUGUGUAUUCGAUCAAAUCUGUUUCAGUAAUUCUCAUAUGUAACAUGUUUUUUAUUAGUUCAAAGAUAUACAUUGUAUUUGUUCAUUCGGUGAUUUCAUGCUAUAUUCAUAAUAAAAAUAUAUUUAAAUUCAUGUAGGAGAUGACCAAAUGAAGUAAUUAAAAAACUGUGAUUAUAACUGAUAAGGAUCCCAAACUAAUCACUGUAAUUCCUGCCUUUUCCCAUAUGUAUGGAUAGAUAGCUAGAGAUUUAGACUAAGUUCACUUGAACCCAGUCAUUUCCAUGUUCAUGUAUUCAUUUAUAAUAGAUGAGGAACCAAUACAUACAGUGUGGGAAAUAAUGAGAUUCACAUUUCAUUUUUUCAUCGACUUUCCCUCGUUAAUUUGAAAAAUUGCUCUUUAAUAUUUCAGCAAGCCAGCUCUUUUAAUUGUUAAUGUCAACCUGUAGAAGCAAAUAGAAUCACACAUACUAAGUGGGUAGUGUUCAUGAUUUCAGUAGGUUUCUUUAUCUUCUUUUUUGGUUGUUGUUGCAAUGUAUGUAUGCAGUUCAUGCUGGAGCCCUAAAAGUAGGGUAUUUGCAUACGUCUGAUAGCAAAUACCGUAAGGUUGUGGUACAGAAAUAAGGAGAAAUGAGAAAAGAAAAAAAAGAGAGAAAAAGUCUAGGAAUUGGGGGUAGCAAAUACAGGUUUGAAUGUACAGCCAGAAGAAGUCUUUGUGCGGUUUGAUUGGGUUAUUGUACAAAUAUGCUUCAUGCAAGUUUAUUGCAUGAUUUCUAUUCUCCAGGGAAAAAUAGAGAAAGGUGACUUUAUAUAAAGAGCUUGUUGAUCAAUUUAUUGAAUAUCUUAUAUUUUUCACUAAACACAACAAUGAGAAAUGUGAUUGCAGUUGUGUUUGGGAGAUAUUUGCUGAAGAAUUUGAUAAAUUUGAAAUUAUUGGACAUUUUUAAAGAUAAAUUCAUGAUGUAAUACAUCAUGUCGGGCAAGUAAAAGAGAUUUCAUGUUAUGUAUUGAAAGCCAUAAAGAAAUUGCACUUACAGAGUAUAUCAUUAUGUAUUCUCCUAAAAAUUGUUUAGGUACCUUUUUAUCAAAUUCAUAUUAUAAAAGUGCAUGUAUUGCUAUUCCGGUCAUACUUUGAUGUAUAACUCAUUUAGCUUUCUGUCAAUUUUCUAAUUAUGCCACGUGAACGCACAAAUUUUCAAUCCAAAUAUGGAAGCAAGAGAGAGAGAGAAAGGGCAUAGAGACAGAAGUAGAAAUCGUCAAUACAGAAUUUGUCUUUUGUUAGUGAAUAAAUUAUACGGGGUAAUUACUGCUCAAGGUCUAGUAUUGUAGCUUGAAGUGUUUCUAUAGCAAGAGGUCAGAUAGAAUUCUACAGCUUGACCCGAGGUCGGUCUCUAUUCUUUUUCCUAAGCCCCCUUUCUUUUCUUCUCCCCAUAGACUUGUGAGUGGUAGAAAAGCUGCCUUUUGUGCUAGCUGCCAUCUUAAUAGCGGCUCUGGAGUGUAAGUAACACUGGGCAGGAUUGCACUAUUAUGCUACUUCAUAUUUCAAUGUAUUAUCAUAUUAUGCUCAACCUUCUUUGUUGUACAGAGGAGCAUAGCCAGUGGUAGUGGGGCAAGCCUGUAGAGUCUCCCAUCAAAUUGAUAACCAGAAACUUUAAAAAAGGGUGUGAACAGAAUAUCCAUAUCAAGUGCAAUAAAACCAAGUCUCAUUAUAAUACAAUUUGGGUUUUAUUUAAUGAAAAUUUAGACAAAUCUAAGUGAAAAUUAUUUUUUUUGAUAUUUUUUUUCCAGUAUUGGAUACCAGUGUAUAAUUCUGUCAUACACACUUAUACAGCUCUCCAUUCUACAUGAAUUUUUUAUGAUGUAGACUUAAUUCAUCUAUUUUUUCAGGUAAAUUUGAAGAAAAAUUCUAUAAAUUGUUUAGCAAGAAGCACUUACAGUAUGAAUUGAUUACUGUUAAUUUUGAUGUUCAAUUUUCAUUAUUUGAAAUUGUACCAUUUUAAGUACAUGUAGGUUAGUGGCUAAGAGUUUUAUGAUAUGCACAACUGAAAACUGAUUUUUUUUUCAAACAUUUUAACCUUGAAAUGGUCCUAAAAGAAAGCUUUUACCCUGUAUGUUUGUCAGCAUAAAGAUAUUUGUGCAUAGAUGAAUUUCAAUUAUUGUGCAAUACUGCCUUUUUUGUACAUUACUCUCCUAAGUUUUAGUUAAUUGAAUUUACUGUAAAAAGUAUGUCAUUUUGCCAGUAGAUAUGCACUUUUAUUUUUUAAAGGUAUCUGUAAAACUACAUCUCCAUUUCAUAUUCUGCCAAAAUUGCAAUUGUGCUCAUUUGUGAAAAAUGUAAAUACUGCAGAACAUACAUUUCAAUUAACUUUAGAUGCGCACAUAAAACUGAUGGUUUUUUCCAUCAAUAUUUUAGAAUUCUUUUUAAUCUUGUUUAUUAUUCAUAUAUAUUGGUGUUUUGAAUGUCUUCAAUAUAUAUGAUUUAAGUGUCUUAUACUAGAUUUCUCCCUAUUUUUGAUUAUCAAAUUGAGAGCAAUACAUUGUAGUAAUACAAGGGGCCAAACUGUGUGUUGCAGCUUGAUUCUCAUUUUUUAGAAAAUCGUUGGAAAUUAAUAUAUAAGUGUUAAUAAAGCCUGAUUAUUGGAUGUCUGUAAUCCUAUUGACUAUACACCCCAAAGAGGGUGUAUUGAUUAAGUGUGAUAAUAAAGAAUAACUCCAUUUUGGGGUAUGUUAACAUUAUUAGCCAAAUAUUUGUCUACUAAUUGAACCUGAUCUGAACCCAUUUUCAAAGGUAUUUAUGCAUUUGUCAUGGUAUUACAUUUCUCAUCUAAUUUAUUAACUUGUAUAUUUGUUUUGUCAUUGUACAAAUGAAUUGUUAAGUUUAUUACUUUGGCUGUUUUGCAAGGUACCUUUUUAUUUUUGUAUCACAUGACAUGUGUUUCUAGUGCUUAUUGGACCAUUGAUUGAUCUCUUGUAUAUGAUUUCAGAGCUCAACUAUUAUGUUUAAAAAUCAUGAACAAAUAAUUCAGAGAUGUAUCGAAAUACAUUUUGGUUUUAGUACAUGUAUAUUGAUGGUGAAAUCUGUCUCAAAUAGUAGCUAAAUAGUGCUCAGUCAUUUGAGAACACCAUUGCCAAUUAUUGAGAUGGAGUACUGUUCACAAAUUAUUAUUUUUUGACUGUACAGUUUCAUAUGAUUGAAAUUAGAAAAAAAAGACCAAACAUGUACUGUAUUUAUUAGUAUUGUUACAUCAAAUGGACAUUUGGUACUUCUUUGUGUCACAAUGUUCAAAAUGUAUGUUUGUAUAAAAUCAUGGAAAAUCAGAUGAAAACAUUUUGAAAGAAAUUGUAUGUGGACAUAAAGAAUGAUUUUUGUACAAUUUUAAGUGUAGAUUCUAGUGAAAUGUAUUAGCAGAUGUCAUGUAGUGACAGUGGAUUUUCAUGUUUCAGUCACUAAAAUGAUUAUUGCAUUGUGACAUCUACAUUGCAACCUUAAUGAAUGGAUAUGUGUAAGAUUUUUGAAGAAAAAAAAAUGUUAUAAAAUGGUAGUGUUUUGGGUAGAUGAAUAUGACAUGUGAGUAGGAGUAGAUAGAAACAUGAACUGGUGUCAUUUGUUGAACAGUGAUGUGAAUAUGUGUCAGUUUUGAGCAAUAUGACAAUAAAGAAAAAAAAAUGUA